AUAGUGAGUGUAUUAAGAUACUUUAUAUUCUAUUUAUAUUCUAGUGUGAUUUGUAUUAUAAAAUAGAUUUUCUCAAUAGCCAAUAUUUAAUCACAAAAUACAAUGAAGAUGUACAAAAACAUAAUUUAUUCUAUUUCUAUUUAAUAAUCCAUUACAAGAUACAUAUGUGAUAUCAAUGAGUCCAUUGAAUACAAUUUAUCGUAGAUUAUUUAUCAAAAAAUUUUAUUAUAUUUGUUUAUUUAUUUUAUUUAUAAUUAUCCUAUUCAAUAAAACAAUUAAUAAUAAAAUAAAUGAAUUAUCAAUAUUAUAUAAUCAUUCAUUAAUUUAUCAAAAUUUAGAUAUGAAUUUAACAAAUAUUUGUGAAUCCUUUUUAAAUAUAGAACCAAAUCAAUUAGUUGCUAGGCAAUAUAAAAAUUAUUCAACAAAACAACAUUUAUUAUAUUCAUGGAAAUCAAUAAAUGAUUGUAAAUUAUUUCGAAAAUCAUUUCAAUAUUUAUUAUGGAUAAAUAAAGAAGAAUUAAAUUAUCCAAUUGCAUUUGCAUUUACAGUUUAUGAAAAUAUUGAUCGUAUAGCACGUUUAUUACGUUUAUUAUAUAGACCAUAUAAUUUAUAUUGUAUACAUGUAGAUCGUAAUACAUCAAAUGAAUUUUAUCAAUCUAUAGUUGAUUUAGCUAAAUGUUUUGGUAAUAAUAUUGAAAUAAUUAAACGUUCACAUAGUGUUUCAGUGAAAUGGGGUUAUUUUUCUGUAUUAGAUUCAUUUCUUAAAUGUACUCAAAUUAUGUUAAAUAAUACAAAAAUUCAAUGGAAAUAUGUUAUGAAUAUUAAUGGAAAAGAAUUACCAUUACGUACUAAUUGGGAAUUAAUUAAAGCAUUGAAAGCUUUGAAUGGAGCUAAUAUAAUUGGAUGUACAACAAAAAAUGGACCAAAGAAAAGAAUUCCACGUAGAAAACCAUCAUUCAAUGUUACAUGGAUAAAAGGAAGCUUUUUAGUUGCAUUACGUAAAGAAUUUGUCAGGUAUGUACAUACGAAUCCCAAUUCUAUUGAAUUAUUAAAUAUUCUCAGAGAAGAACAACAUUUAAUGAAAAUACCAGAUGAAAUGUUUUUCAGUACAUUAGCUUAUAAUCCACAACUAUUAGCUCCUGGUGCUUGUAGAGAAUUUUAUCCACCCAAUGAAAAUGAUAAUCAAUCAACUUUCGUAUCACGCUUCGUUAUUUGGAAACCCAAAAAAUGUGCUACCGGGAAAAGAUAUCAUACAAUAUGUAUGUUAGGUGUACAACAUUUACAUAAUUUAACAAAACGUCAAGAGUUUUUCGCCAAUAAAUUUCAUAAUGGUUUUUAUGAUGCAGCGUAUGAUUGUCUUGAAUAUUGGAUAUUGAAGAAAAUGAAGAACGAACGUUUAACGGGUAGAUUAGAUCCAACAUUUAAUCCUCAGUUCUAUGCUGAUCUACAUUGUUCAAAAAACCAUAUAUAAUACCUUCGAGCUAUGUUACUCUGUUAUAUUAUUUGUGUAUUUGUUUGAAAAAUCUGUGAACUUUCAGUUUUUUAUUGCACCAUUCUUUGUUUGAAAUAUCACUUGCGAUUUGAAAUACAGAAAUGACAGUAUAAUCCACACCAAGUAUCACUUAGCACCCUUACUUGGACAUGUCUUCUAAUUAUUUGAAAUUUCUGUCCUCUGUAUGUUGAAAAUUCACCCAUUUGUGCAUUGUUCCAAGUGCUAUUGUACUGAACAGUAUAUUAUUUUUGAAUGUAAUCUAUUCAAUUCUAGUUUUGAAAGUGAUGGUAAAAAUAAGUGCUCUAAACUGAAUUCAGAAGCAAUGGAUUUUAUUAUUUUUGUAAGUUUGAAAUACUACGUAAUCGAAAACCACUUAUGAUGACAAUCUGUGUGUAAAUGGUCGCAGGAAAUAUGUACUUACUGUACGAUAAAUUUACAGGCAUAUGAUACAGUGACUUAUGCCAUGACAAUAAAAGAGAACAUACCUUACAUUUAAACUGUGUGUUUAUAAAACGCUGGUAGACUAGGACUUUGAAAAAAAAAACAGAAAAACAAGAGAUAACUACUUUUGGCGACAUGUUGCUUUAUCUCUGUACUUCCUAGUUGAUUGACUAAAUUUUAUUUAUUGUUUUGUAAAACAUCAUUGAACUAAAAUUCAAAAAGGCUGGCUUCAUAUAUUUUAGAAUGAGCGACAUCACAUCUGUCAAGGUUGAUAAUUAUUGUCCUAAUCAGCAAUAUUUUAUUCUCUUUUUUUCAAACAUCAAUAUCGUUUGAUUGAUCACUGAUCUAAUGAUUCUAUUCUCCUUUACGUUUAUCAAAACAAUUAAUGUUAAAAUAUAUUUAUCAGUCUAGACAAGUACAGUGGUCACUUUGUAGUUUGUAGCGCUGAUCAUUCACUGCAGUGCAUGAAAGCAUCAGUGGUAAUAAUUAACAAUAGAUUAGUGAGACGAAUAGCUAAUUCAAUUAUAACAAUUUAUCUAGACUUAUCUUGAUAAAUCAGUACACACGACUCGAAGUCGUUAAUUGGGAAUAUUGUUGAUACUUUCUCGAUGUGAGAUAGAGAUCAUCGGCCGAAAACAUGUAAAUAGUGCGACUCACUUCUAUUAUCUGAGGACUUUAAUUAUUUACAAGUUUUACUUAAUUGAUUAUAAAUAUAAACAAUGAAGUGAAUGAACUUAAUCUAUUCAGAUGUUUUCCUUGUUAAUACAAUACCAUUUUGUGUUAGUUGAAUUUAAAAUAAGAUCAAUUCAGCGAAGAUUACACUUCAUUUCAUUUUCAAGGUUUUAUCUUAUCAUAUCGAGCCAUCUUUUCCCAAUGAUAAUUUCCCGACCCAUCUUUGUGAUGAAUAUUUAAGCCCUUAAUAAUCAAACUACUAUUAGUCCCCACGUUUAAGAACCCUGAUGACUUCAAAUUAAAUGGCGUUUAUCCUCACUAUCUGGUCAUUUUUACUGGGUUCUCUGUUCAAUAUGUUUUAAAUACAGCCAAAUUAUUUGUAACUUGGGUAUAUGAGGACCCAACACUAUUUAGCGGGGGAGGAUGAACCCGGGAAAUUUGGCAUCCGGUUGUCAACUUCGGAUCUUCAAAAAAGGGGAG